AUGUCAAUUGACGAGUCGACAAGAAUCCCCUCGACAGAGGAAACGCCUCUGCUCCGCGAGACCGACCCCGCCAGCUCCAGUCAGCCGGAGGGCCAGGGACCAGUGCCCGAGGAACCCAGCACCAAGGAGCUAAUCGUAAUCCUGAGUAGCAUCUGGCUUGGGGUUUUUCUAGCUGCCCUCGGUAGAUUCCUUAAUUCCAUCGAGGAGCUAUUGCUCAUUAAGGCUGAACCAAUUUUUUUUACAGAUACAACAAUCGUUGCGACGUUAUCGGCGCCUAUUUCAUCCUCAUUCAACUCGUUUUCACUCCUGUCGUGGCUGGCAACCUCAUACCUGAUUUCCAAUGCCGCAUGUCAGCCACUCAGUGGCCGAUUGACCGAUAUAUACUCCCGCCGCUGGGGCCUCGUCUUUUCCAAUGUUUUCUUCGCUCUGGGAAAUUUGAUAUGCGGAUUGGCAAAAACCCAAUGGGCAAUCAUUCUAGGUCGUGUUGUGGCAGGUGUAGGUGGCGGUGGUCUGACUGCCAUCUCGACUUUUGUCACCUCAGAUCUGAUUCCGCUACGGAAACGAGGGAUCUGGCAGGGUAUCGGGAACAUCUGUUAUGGAGCCGGCAUGGGUCUUGGCGGCGUCUUUGGCGGAUGGAUCAAUGACACACUGGGAUGGCGGUGGGCCUUUCUGAUCCAGAUCCCCUUCCUUAUGAUUUCAUGCGUGCUGGUGAUAUUUCAAGUCAAUAUCCCGGUCAAAGAAACUGACAAGGCGCGCAUUAGGCGUGUCGACUUUCUCGGGGCCAUUACUCUGGUGCUAACGCUCGUGACCCUCUUGCUCGGGCUGAACACUGGCGGCAACCAGGUCCCAUGGACACACCCUAUUGUCCUAGUAUCGCUGCCACUGUCUGCAGUGUUCCUGGGCAUUUUCAUACACGUGGAAGCCAACGUCGCAACAGAGCCUGUGAUUCCCGUGAGACUUCUUUUGGAUCGAACAGUUGCAUCCGCCUGCUUGACCAAUUGGUUCACCACUAUGACCAUCUUUGGCCUGCUAUUUUAUCUUCCCGUCUACUUCCAGGUGCAAGGUCUCUCGGCCACCGCGGCCGGGGUACGUUUGAUUCCUCAGGCGAUCGGAACCUCGAUUGGGUCACUGGGCAGUGGCGUCAUCAUGCGCUCGAGCGGGCGCUAUAAGAUCCUCAGUUACACUACCAUGGCCUUGCUGGUGACUGCUGCGGUGUUGAUGUGUACCCUAAACCUGUCAACCCCCGCCUGGCUGCCUUUCGUUUACUUGUUCUUGGGGGGAGCGGCGUACGGCAGCAUGCUGACCAUCACAUUGGUUGCACUGAUCUCGGCCGUGGAUCACCAGCAUCAUGCAGUUGUAACGUCCGCAUCGUAUGCAUUCCGCAGCACUGGGAGCACUAUUGGCAUUACAAUCGCCUCGGCUGUGUUUCAAAAUACCCUUAACAUCGGGCUCUGGUCUCGAUUUGGAGAGCGGAAGCAUGCGGCAGAGCUGAUCUCGCGACUGCGGGAUAGCCUUGACGAGAUUCACAAGCUCCCUGCUGACUGGAUUCCUGGUGUGCUAGAUGCUUAUAUGGAUUCAUUGCGCGCACUCUUCGUGGCUCUGCUUGGCGUGACUAUCCUGGGUGCGCUGGUCAGUAUUGCGAUGAGAGAGCACAAGCUGCACAACAACUUGGCUCGGCGGUGA